AUGUCAACACUCCAGUCAUUAAUCGCAGAAUUCAGACUUGUACAUUGUUAUACAAUAGAUACCGAAACCGACUUCAGAUCCGGAAAACCGGCCCUUAUACAAAUUGAAGCAAUAAAAACAUCGGAAAAAUCAAUUGUAUUAUUAAAUAAAACAACAUAUCUGCCGGACCCAUUAACUGAAGCACAUGAAUUAAUUAAACAAUUAUUUACAAUUAUAUUUGAUCCUGGCAAUGAAUUUUAUAGCUGGGAUGCCAUUAAGGAUCCUUCUGUAACUUUAUUGCUAUCGUACAUUCGACAAGAUCAAGAAUUAAAAUUAAACCAUCGUAAAACAACAAUGACCAUAAAAGAACAUCAUCAACAACAAGAUGCAUUUAAUCAACCAAAUAUACAAGUAAAUUUGGCAGAUUCAACCGAAUUUACAAAUGAUCAACAGCAGUAUGAAUACAAUCAAUACAUUAUGGAUGAAAGUCCAACAGAUUUAGCUGAACAACUAAAUGAACAACCAAUUAUGUAUGAUACUAUAUUAGCAUCAGAAGACGUGAGUCCAACUGAUAUACCAGAACAACAGCCAGUUCGACAACCACGACCAUACAACAGAAAUACUUAUAGAUCAGCAUAUGCCAGACAUAAACGAAAUCGUAAACGUCACAGAAAAUCAAAUCAGAUCCGAUCACAAUUCAACAUUCAACGAAGUUGUUAUCGAAUAUUUAGUAUAUCAAUGAUCAAAACUAUUCUGAAGGACUAUGGUAUACCAUAUGAAAAAGUAAUCAUUGAUGGUGGAAAUGCAACAAUUACACUUAAAAAUCAACAACAACAUCAAUUACGUACGCGCACAUUACCUCAUGACGUUUUCGACAUACAACAUUAUUAUCAAUUUAUCAACAUAUUUUAA